AUGACUGACGACCGCGGCCCAGUCCACAAAGACUUCCCUGAAGACGGCAGCAAAAAGACAUACAUGGACCUCCAAACUUACGUAUUUCCUGGCCUUGGCGGUGCUGACAGCUGUGUACUUUGCGGCAAGGAGACGGAGCUGCUUUGGAAGAAUGGUUUCUCGCCGAGCAUGGACCUGGAAGAUGACGAGAAGGUCGAGAAGCACGCGCACUGCAGGCGCUUCUCCGCUGUCCCCAUGGGUGAUGAUGAGCCGGAUCCCUCCUCUUUGGAGAUAGUCCUGACCUUGGAUGGGUUCAAUCAGGUUACCGCACAUGGUGCUUUGGCUUCCUUCUUCGAGGCUUGUGGAUGCUGGCUGGACCCUUAG